AUGAGGGCCAUGUUCCAGCAUCAGCUCCUUCUAUUGGUUGCGACCGCUUUUCUGCUGACGCUUGUCUCAACUGAUAAAGCUACUUUGCAGGUUAUAGCUCUGCGCGGACGCGAAGAUGAUGCCUCACGUCGAUUCUUCCGGUCGGCGGAGGUCUUCGGUUACGACUACCAUGUAAUUGACCUGUCGGAGCACGGACCCACAACAGACGCGGUCAAAGAUGAAUUGAAAUUGGUCGAAUUAAAGCACAUGCUGGACACUAUAGCGGAGCCUCUUCCCAGUCAUGUUCUGGUUCUAGACAGUCACUCGUCAAUUUUGAUAAAAAGUCCGUCCAAACUCCUCGAGGCAGCUGAAGCAUUAAAAGCUGAUUUCGUCUUCAUUUACCAGAACGAAACAACCUGGGAAGAUGCUGAAGUGCAGGGAAUCGCUAGCCUUCCGCGCUCAAGCGACAUCUUCAAGGGUAUGCUCGCCAAAACCAGCCUCCUAACUUUGGCUAUACCCGAGGUGCCCAGCAGUCUCUCCCCGGAAUACACAGCAGAAUUUCUGUCAUCCAUAAAGAAGCUCGACAGUUCGGUGCCAGUCGUCGUGGACUUGGAGUCUAAAUUGUUCCAAUCAGUCCCGCGGGACUCUGAGCGACUAAGCAUCCGUUAUGAAGACGACAUCGCCUACUUGCAAAAUGAGGACACACACAGUCUUCCGGUAGUCGCCGUUGCUGCCCCCGACGCGAAGGUACGUCUUUUUCACCUGUCUUCGCUCAGCAUUGCCUGUUUUGUUUUUGGAUAUUUCAACCCUUUUGGCGUAUGUUUUCAUCGCCACUAG